UCCUAUGGAGUUGAUGUAAUUCGCAAAAACCUAGCUCUGUAUUGUGAUGCAAAAACCUGUUUAUUGACAUGACAGGUCUUAUUAUUAGUAAAAACUUGCUUCUGGAGAAUUUUUUGUCGUUGAUGGAUUAAAUAAGUAUAUAAAAAACCAAGGUCGAAAAAAUGCGUCUUCUAUACAUUUAAAUACACAUUAUAUUUCUCAGUUGUUAAAGACAAUGCAAACUAAAUAUUUCAUCAAAGUGAAUGAUUUCAUGGCAGUGGUGAUAAGUGAGGGUCCGAUAUCAAGGACAAGCAUGUCCACGAGGAUUGCACCAAUCCAAUGCUCAACUAAUUUUAUGCUGUUCAAUCAGUUUAGUUUCGUCUGUACGCAUUGAUGUACGCAUUUAGCAAGCACAUAUAAACUUUAAAAUGAACAAGCUUAUACCAAAUUUUAAAAGUAUAUCCAUAUUUCUGAGCGUUGUCCAGUUUUGUUUGGGGGAACAUAUUGUAUUUCUGCAUACAUGCGCUAGUUACAGUCACCGCGUCUCCCAAUGGCCGCUGGCAAUGUCAUUGGCAGAAAAGGGUCACAAUGUCACCUUCAUCAGCCCUUAUGGUCCUAGUUCUGAAUUGUCUAGUCCCAAAGUGACAGAAAUUCAGCCACAAGACCUCAAAGCGUUCAUGAACAAAAUUAUCGAGCAAAACUUUGACGUGAACCACAGAGCAUACGGACUUGUGCCACCGCUGUUUAUGGUCAUCGAUUAUUUUUGCUACUCUGCUUGUCACGAAAUGUACAAAAGUGAGGAAAUUAAAGCUUGGAUAGCAUCCAAUCCACAAGUAGACCUUGUCGUAGCAGACACAAUGGCGGACUGCUCGUAUGGACUGGCACACAAAUUUGAUGCGAAAACCAUACUGUACCAACCAAUUCCUGUCGUAACGAAACAUUUUGAGUCCUUCGGAAUCAACGCAGAGACCGAAUCAUUGCCAGAUUAUGAUGUGUCGAAACCAACACCGCUGACAUUUUUCAGCCGGGUAGCGGGUGCCAUGCUUCCUUUGUGGUAUCGAGUCAUCGAGCCGAUAUUUCAUCAAAAAUACAAGAGCCUGUUUUCCGAAGAACUGGGUCUAACAAAUCUCCCCGACGUGCAUGACAUGCGAGAGUUGACCAGCUUGAUGAUUAUUAAUGGUGAUUAUCUCUCGGAUUAUCCGAGGUCUUUUCCUCCUUUCGUCGUAAAGGUGCCAGGAAUUCAUUUAAAAAAGACUGGAGAACAUAAACCACUAAAAAAAGAAAUUGAAGACUUUAUCCACGCCAAAGACGAGAUUGGUGGAAAUAAAACCGAGGGGUUCAUCUAUAUUAGUUUUGGAACCGUUGCAAAGGCACCAAACCUUCCUAUCGAACUGAGGGAAAUAUUUUUAAAAACGAUUAAAAGUUUCCCACAUCGGUUUAUUUGGAAGUGGGAAGGAGGAAAGAUACCUGAAGAAUACCCGUCUAACUUGCUUUUUGUGGAAUGGGUGGAUCAACAAGAUGUGCUGGCACAUCCUAAAAUUAAGGCAUUUCUCACGCAGGCUGGUAGGCCAAGUUUUCAAGAAGCAUUGGGUAACGGAGUCCCCACAAUAACAUUCCCAGUUUUAGCAGACCAGGAUUUUAAUGCCCAUCGAAUGAGGGAUUUAGGCAUUUCAAUUGGACUCGAUUUUGUUGGACUCACGCAAGAAAAAUUGACAGAAGCAAUCUCGAGAUUACUCACUGACGACAGCUAUAAAAAGCGGUCUGUUCAGCUCGCCAAAUUAUCCAAAGAUGUGCCCAUGGAUCCCGUAGACACUGCAUUAUGGUGGACCGAGUUUGUCCUAAGACAUACCAAGGAAGAACUAGAAUUACUGAAACCCUUGUCACGUCACUUGACGUGGUAUCAGAAGAGAGGUUUCGAUGUUUGGCUGUUCUUGUUUGGAUUCCUUUCUCUCUCAACUUGGAUGACAUACGUCAUAUUGUGUCGAAUUUAUGCCAGCUUUUUUGGAAACAACAACUUCUCCUCGAUUAAAUUAAAGAAAUCGUAAUUAAAUAAAUGGAAUUUGUAUUUAAAUUGA